UAUGCUUUAUAGACAUCAAACUAUAUAGACAUUCCAACUGAAAUUUGUUUUUCUUAUUUGGCUUUUCGCAAGAGUUUCCCAGCACUGGCUACAGGCUUUAAGCACUGCCGCCACGUUGAUAAUCGAUAUUAAGAAGUCGCUCAAUCGCUAGCCAAGUGUCAGUUGCCAGUGAGUUGACUGAGGAUUUUCUGCAGCGGACAUUGCAAUGGAGAAUUUUGAGCUGCACAUGUCGGGUUGGGCUGCGUGCUACUAUGCAUUCUCGCCACGCUGCUUUUUUGACCAGAUCCGGGUGUUUCGCAUGUGUCAAUUGUGCCAGGAAAACAAUCCGGAGAUGUGUCAAUUGUUCGAGAAGUACGCAUACGUGCGUCAGCGCAGGAGACACGGUCGUCGAGGUCAAAGGAUUAAGGUUAGAAUCGAGAAUAACGAGCCCCAAUAUCGACAUGAAUCCGAUGCAGCUUACAUGGCCGAGGUUGAGGCCCGUUAUGAGCAGAUGCUGCUGAAUGUGAAAAAAGUUGCAACUAGAGGAAUCUAAGGGGCUUAACUUACAUGUCUAGCCCAGCAUGCAAUAAAUGAAGUUCUUUAUGAACUCAACUCUGAACAUAA